AUGGCAGAGCACUCCUACAAAUUCAACGUCUCCAUGUCCUGUGGCGGCUGCUCCGGCGCCGUCGAGAGAGUCCUCAAGAAGCUUGAUGGCGUCAAAUCCUACAACGUGGACCUGAAAGCGCAAACCGCCGAAGUGGAAGCCGAGGAGAGCCUGUCGUACGAGAAGGUGCUGGAGACGAUCAAGAAGACGGGCAAGAAGGUCAAUAGCGCGGAGGCGGAUGGCGAGGAGAAGAGUGUGGAGUUAUAG